CGGACGUGUGGGCACCAGCGCUGUGCCCCGCUCCCGCCGCGCCUGCUGCCCAAAGCGAGCUCGCGGCCCCCGGCGCCCCGAGAGUCGGCCGGGACAAGCGCGGCGAGUCCCCAGGGACCCGCACGCAGCACCAGCGGCGCGACACCUCCAGCAGCAACAGCAUAGGCACUGAGCGGGGUCCGUGCACCCCUUUGCCGCCGGCCGGUGCCCUCGCUGACCCUGUUUCAAGCCCUCCAGCUGUCGCCAUGACGUCCACCUGCCCCAACAACACGCGCGAGAGCAACAGCAGCCACGCGUGCAUGCCCCUCUCCAAAAUGCCCAUUAGCCUGGCUCACGGCAUCAUCCGCGCAACCGUGCUGCUCAUCUUCCUCACCGCCUCGUUCUUCGGCAACAUAGUGCUGGCACUUGUGUUGCAGCGCAAACCGCAGCUGCUGCAGGUGACAAACCGCUUCAUCUUUAACCUCCUCGUCACCGACCUGCUGCAGAUCUCGCUUGUGGCCCCCUGGGUGGUGGCCACUUCCGUGCCUCUCUUCUGGCCCCUCAACAGCCACUUCUGCACUGCCCUGGUUAGCCUCACCCACCUGUUCGCCUUUGCCAGCGUCAACACCAUUGUCGUGGUGUCGGUAGAUCGCUACCUGUCCAUCAUCCACCCUCUCUCCUACCCGUCCAAGAUGACCCAGCGCCGUGGUUACAUGCUCCUCUAUGGCACCUGGAUCGUAGCCAUCCUGCAGAGCACACCCCCACUCUACGGCUGGGGCCAGGCUGCCUUUGACGAGCGCAAUGCCCUCUGCUCCAUGAUCUGGGGAGCCAGCCCCAGCUACACUAUUCUGAGCGUGGUGUCCUUCAUCAUCAUUCCACUGGUUGUCAUGAUUGCCUGCUACUCUGUGGUGUUUGGUGCAGCCCGGCGGCAGCAUGCUUUGCUGUACAAGGUCAAGAGCCACAGCUUGGAAGUGCGGGUCAAGGACCAUGUGGAGAAUGAGAAUGAAGAGGGAGCAGAGAAGAAGGAUGAGUUCCAGGGUGAGAGUGCCUUCCACCGCCAGGAUGAAGGUCAGGUCAAGGCCAAGGAGGGCAGCAUGGAGGUGGAAGAGGGCAGCAUGAAGGUCAAGGAAAGAAGCAUGGAGACCAAUGAGGGUAGCAUGGAGGCCAGGGGCAUCGAGGAAGUUAGAGCAAGCAGCAUGGUGGCCAGCGAAGGCAGCAUGGAGGGUAAGGAAGGUGGCAUCGAGGUUGAGAAUGGCAUGAAGGCAAACAAGGGCCGAGUAGAGGUCAACCAGUGCAACAUUGACUUGGGCGAAGAUGACAUAGAGUUUGGUGAGGAUGACAUCAAUUUCAGUGAGGAUGAUGUUGAGGCAAUGAACAUCCCAGAGAGCCUCCCACCCAGCCGUCGUAACAGCAACAGCGACCCUCCUCUGCCCAGGUGCUACGAGUGCAAAGCUGCUAAAGUGAUCUUCCUCAUCAUUUUCUCCUACGUGCUAUCCCUGGGGCCCUACUGCUUUCUAGCAGUCCUGGCCGUGUGGGUGGAUGUCGAAACCAAUGUACCCCAGUGGGUGAUCACCAUAAUAAUCUGGCUUUUCUUCCUGCAGUGCUGCAUCCACCCCUACAUCUAUGGCUACAUGCACAAGACCAUCAAGAAGGAAAUCCAGGAUAUGCUGAAGAAGUUCUUCUGCAAGGAAAAGCCCCCCAAAGAAGGCAGCCACCCAGACCUGCCUGGAACCGAAGCAGGCACAGAGGGUGGAACUGAAGGCAAGAUCGUCCCUUCCCACGAUUCUGCUACUUUCCCUUGAAGUUAGUUCUAAGGCAAAUCUCGAACUGUCCACAACACGAAAACAAGAGCAGCUUUCUUUUCAAUGGACCGCCCACAAUCCCAUUAAUGCCAACCCAUACCAUUUCAGGCAAAGGUAUUACACACACAUCCUUUUCACCACAAGGUAGAUAAAUAUAUGGAAGAGGUAGUAACUGGGGUCUUCCCUUAAAGCUGUGCCCCUCAAAGCAAGGACUUGAGGAUUCUGACUGAAAAUUUCCCCUCAGAGAUUAUUAGGCUCGAAAUUUCUUAAGGCAACAAAAGUGCUAUCCAUUUGGGACCUGUACUUGGUAUUCUGUCUGUUUCCCCAGAGCUGCAACAUGUCAGCUUUAGCUCUGAAGGAAAAGGAAGAUGAUGCCUGUGAACUUAAGGACUUUCCAGCCCUCGAGUCAGAAGCUGUGGGCCAGGGCUACAGCUUUUAUGCUCAACUGAAAGAAAAGCAAUGUACGAAAUCAUUCAUGGAGCACAAGAAGCAGAACCUAAUGGACUGAUCAACGAAUGAGAGCCAAAUUCUGAACUGGAGAGCCCACGGUCUGGUGCAAAGACUAUCAUGCAAACUAAUACAAAGGCCAUUGUGCAGUAUACCAGGAAGGUUUCUAGAUCCCCUAAAGGGAUCCGGAAAAGCGGAAGGGCAUGUAUGAAAUGGGAAGUUAGUCCAAGGGAAAAGAUAGAGAAACAACACACAUCCAUGGGGCUAAACAGUUGACUUUUUUUCCUGUAAAAUCCUGGGUUUAUGUAUGGGCUGAGACUGCAAAUGGAAAAUUGACAAUUGACACUAAAAUAUUUUCUGUCUCCUAUUUAAAUAAUGUCGGGACAGAAAUCAUGCCACUAUUUUAGAAUUUCCCCUUUGUGAUUGGGUUUCUCAUAAGAAUUCUCCAGAUCUCUGCCCAUCACUUAUGUUUUGUUUUGUUUUAUUUUGUUUUAAUUAAAUAGGCCUUUUUUGGUCAAAUAGUAUUUCCUGAAAAAAGAAAUUCAACUAGGAGUGGCCAAAGUCCUACAAAACUCACACUACCAAUCAAGAGCAAUGAUUUCCACACGGGGAGCAAGGAAGGCACAAUGAAUAUUUUCCUUCCUCUGGGCAUACACAUGUGUCAUUUCCACCUGCAGCUCUCUUUAAAGCUUUUAAGCUCUCUGAAGAUGUAGGAGAGAAAUACAAGAGUGUCAGAAAUGACAAAGAGGAUGAUGUCACAAUACCUGGCAAACAUGUGACCUAUUCCAAACAAUCCUAAAAUCAAAAGAUUCAGAUCAGACAUAUCCUAAUUAUUACUAUUGAAAUAUAUCACUUUGGGAAGACCCAAAAUUAUCCCUAGGGUCAGUAGAGAGGAAGAUUUUUCAAAUCCCAAACCCUGAAAUUACUUUGGGCAGGGACACACCUGUUUAUUUCUGAGGGCACGGGCCAUAUCUAACACGAUCAAAUAACAUAGAACCAAAAAAUAGUCAAGCCAGUGUUUUUGAUCCUUCUGAAGACCAAAUUAAAGCAACUGUACAGCCAACCAACUGUUCAUGCAGAAAUCCACUAUUAAUAAGGGUGGAGGGAGAGGAAGCAGUAUUUGGUUGAAAAUGGUUAAUGAGGUGGUUAUGUAUAAAGAUGGCCAUAUUCAGAGUUUAGCCUAAUUUUUGUGUAUUACCAUGUCUUUAUUAGAACUCAAAUUUUAUUUAUAUAAAUGCCCAGCUCAUUUAUAUUUUCUUUUAUCUCUUCCUCCUCACAGAUUCCAACAUGAACUUCUCAAGGGGGAGAGGUAAACAGCAAUGUGUUUGGGCUGUGAAUAAGUCUGCGUGGGAAUUUGGGGUUGCCAUGUUCAGAACUCAGGAAAGGAAAGGGACUAGAACCAAAUAAUAUCAAGCUGACUGGUCAAAUCAAUGUGUCCACAGAAACUUUAUUAAUUCCAUCUCCAUUAAUUUGGAACUUAUGGUAAUUCAUACAAGGCAUGGGGGCUGAAGUUUACCCUUGCACUAUUAUUUAACUUUCUACCAAAAUGUUUAAAGUGAAUUAAUAGUCAUACAUUUGUUAUACCAAUUUGUUGCCAAACUCUUGUAUUGACCUGUCCUUAAAGGAUAAUUGGGUGGAGAGAUGGCCUAUGGGAUCAAUUCUCCUCUAGUGGGAGGGGUAUUGCUUUGCAAGUCUGUCCCAGUUGAAGGAGUUCAAGGUAGCUAUAGCCUGUCCUUUUAGUAGAAAUGCUUACAUGGGUAGGAAAAAGGAUUUCAAACCUAAAUGUCUCCAAACAUUUUGUUUAAACUGAACUUCUUGUUUUAUUUUAAAGCUCAACCCCUUCAAAGUGUAUCAGAGAAAAUUGUUUGCCAAAAUCCCAAAUCAAAAUGGAACCAGAAACCUGUACGAGUAUGGUAAGUCCAUUUAACUGCACACACAACAUUCUCCAAAGCACUGAGACUCACUGCUUUCCUUUUUUAAGUUCCUAUUUUCCCUAUUUUAGUCAUUGUCCAUUCUUUUGGUAAAUUGGAUUCUUCAAAGGUGAAGACCUUUUGAAAAUAGGAGAGUGGAAAAGAGGACCUUUGAAUUAAAAGCAUUCUGCUUUGAUGACAUUUUCUUCUUAAUGAACAAUAGAGCCUCUGGUUAGCUUGGAGAUAGCAACUGCUUCAAAUUGUGUGCUAUUUUGAAUAAAGCACUAUCAACUUAAUGAGGUUUUACUGCACAUACUGUUUUGUCAUUUGAAAAAUCUGAAAGCAUACAAAAAAGUCAUCAUUAGCCUCACAGAUCCUCAUGUGCAAUAGCUUUCCCUAAAUGUUUUUAAAGGAUGUAUUCUUUUGCCAAGGCCACUUCAUAUGUGCAGUAAAAAAUCCCAUUAAAGUAUGGGGACCAGACAAACCAGAUUUUUAAAUGAUGUAGUUUUAAAUUUAAUGAUUUCCUUAUUUAAGAAUAAUAGAGCAUCUAGCUUGCCAAGGAGUCGCAGGUGCUUUGACUAACACACCAAUUUCAACAAGCUUGGGAAGGCAGUAAUAAGGAGCAAGCCCUGGACUUCUGUGACUUCUGAUUCGAGGGUCCAUCUCUAAGAUGCCACAAAUACCAGCUGCUAGGAAGUACUCUGCGCUUCCAGCUCCCUGCCUACCUCUUGCCAUCAUACCUAUUGCCUUCACUUGCCUCACUCCCUCUCCCCCUGCUGUGCUGGCCCUUCAGGAAUAGUCUGUGCUUAAAGCUCUAUGUGCUCCCCAACUCCUCAUCCAUCCUUUCCCAGCCCAGAGCUAACAGAUUCACAGGGACCUGGGGGUCCAUGGAAGCAGGGAAGGAGAGAGCCAUAGGAGUGACCAGCAAUUAAAGGUAUUUUUCUGUCUCCUCCCUAACUCCAAUCCAAUUUAGAGAUGACAGUAUACAUACUUCAAAUUUAACAGGUAAGGAAAAGUGCCAUUUUAUGAUUUAGGAGAAAGUAGGUGCCUCAUUUCUUAGCAAAAAAGCACCUGAUAGAACAUAUCUUGGGGGGGCACAUUCAAUCCUGUAGAUACUGUCCAAUUAUUUCAGCAAAGGAAAAAAACACUAAAAAAUAUUUUACCUAUAAAAUUAUAAGGUGCCUAACAUUGCCUUAUUUUAUGCAUAAUUAGCCAAUUAAGCUAGGUAAAGUUACUUCAAAAGAUUUUUUUCAUAAUACCUGAAAAAGAAUUUGCAUGAUUAAACUAGGCUUUCUUUCUUAGACUUUGCCAAAAAGCCCUUAAAGUGUCUGAAACACAUCAUUUAGAAGAGAAAAAAAAAUUAUGCCUCAUCUGGUAAUUUGAACUCUCUAAAAUAAAACCCUGAGGGGUUGUUGGGAUGAAAUAAAAAGUAACAAUUUAAAUGACUGGACUGUAUUUUCUCUGGUAACCACCCUCCCCCAUAUUUUAAGGAAAAAAAUCAAAAGUGUUUACCCUUCUUAAUGUCUUUUCUGUUGUAUUCCUCUUUAAGACAAACCCCAAGCUGUCAGGAUAGGUUUCUCUAAACAACAUGUCCUUUCCUUCUAGAGCAGACAAAAGAUUACAGGAACAGUUGGCUGCUAGCCAGUUGCCAAGAUAAGGAGAGAAAAUCUGGUCAGUCAUGGCUUUUAACCCUCUCCCUCCUUAUCUCUGUCUCUCUCUUAUUUCCUAUGGACCAGACUGGUACUCUCGGCCCCUCAAAGCCCUUCUAAGCUUAGGCAUGAGGAGACAGAAGCAAUGAGCUGGAAACAGCAGACUGUAGCCUAAAAUCCAAAAAGAGAGAGAGAGAGAGAGAGAGAGAGAGAGAGAAACCCUUGUCAUAAAUUCUUUCCAAUUACUUAAGAACGAUCUCUUCCUCUAUGGCAAAUGCCCAGCUUGCUUACAGUAGUCUUCUGCUAUAAGCAACUAAACUGGCUGGAGGAAGAAACAGGAAAACUGAAAUCCACUGAACUUGGCCACGGACUGCCAGGUCAUUGGCAAGUUCACUGCUCUUUGGUAAGUAGAGUAAGAAUCCUCAAGAUAAAUGAAGGUUGCCAAUAAGAGUCAGACAUUUCCAUCAUUGCCUCCCAAAGCCUCCAUAUCUUGAGUACACACACCAAGGGGAAACCACAGUAAGGUGUACACUCUACAAGAAGUUUGCUAUGUCUGAAGAUGAAUUACUGUAUCUCUCUUGUUCUAAAAUAUAGACAAAACAAGAUGGGUUUUAGUUUGGUGUUUCAAAUUUGAGUGGAUUUUCUCCCCUUUCAUCUGUGUUACAACUUUAAUGUUAAAAGUUUGGUAUUUUUGUCUUGUUUUAGUGGUGUAUUUCAUUUUGUAGUAGUUCUCCUAAAUGUAAGCUAUAACUGUAUAUAAAAUAUAAGUGUUCUUGGAGAUAAGGUGCUAGAUAUUAGAUUGUAUGUGUUCAUAGAUAGUGUCUUCCUCAAAAAAUGGGUAGUAUGUAUAUGUAAAGUUAGUUAAUAAAAUGCAUGCAGAAUUCUAUAUGUGACCCACACCCUGGUCAGUUUCUGAAGUAAAACAUAGUACAUUUGUCUUUUAAAUUUCACUUUUAAAGUGUAUACUACAAGAUAUGUAAGAUGGUUCCAAGGUGAGAUGGUGGGAAAUGGUGCCUUUCAUUCCUUAAAUCCCUAGUACAAUGUAUGACAGGUGAGAACUUAUUCUGGUACAGUCGGUCAUUCAUGUGAACUAAUCAUCUUGGCUGAAGUCCUAGCUGGAAGUUUUCCACAACAAACUUGGCACUGGUAUGCCUAUUUUCCAUUCACUCAAUGUAUAGAAUGCAAAAUCAAAGAAGACAAUCCUUUCCCCAUUAAAAAACAAGGACCCCAGGAUAGGCUAUUGGAGUCCGGUUAGUAGGAUGAGAAGCAUACCGCACUCUCAAGACCCAACCAGUCCCUGACCAUGAACUGACAGGAUUUGCAUUUAGCAGAUCCACAAUAUGGCCAUCCCUGCCCUCCUGGAGCAGUACCAAAACCCAGAAAAAGGCUGCUCUGAUUUUUUUCUUUGGUUGGUUGUCUGAGAGAUAAGAUGGAGCAGGGGUGGGUAACUAGAUAGAGAGAUAGUGGGACUCCUCUGGGGGUCACAGCUAGGGAGUUUGAGAAUUACAAUUAUAUCUCAAUGGUAUUUGCAUCAGACAAGAAAAGAGAACCAUGAGAUGAUUUUAUUAAAUCCUAAGAACAAAAUAUUACAACUAGAAAACUAUAUAAUGUGUGUGUGUGUAUAUAUAUAUAUACACACACACAAACCCUCAUUAAAUCAUUUCUAAAACUGCCUUUAAUACCAAAUUUUAUGUGCUGCUUUGAGACUGAAAACAAUAGAAAAUUGCAUUCAGUCAAUAAACAGUUCUCUUUAAUAUUUCAAAUUUUCAAUUUAAAAAACAAUUUGUAAUUUAAAAGUGCCUUUUCAAAGGAUUGUCAAACUACAAUCCUGGGGCCCAGUUUCCAUUGGCACAAUUUACCUUCAGGUGCACAGAAAGGGGGGUUUUAUCCUCCUCCCCUCAGCAAGAAGAGAAACCCCCUCACACCCCAAUCAAAUUCAUAAAUCAAUACUGUUACACGGGCCAGUAGUCCCAGAGACUCUGCCCAAGGCCAAGGUUUCAUAUAUGGGUUGGCUUUAAUUGGAUCCUUUCUAAAAUGAUUACAAUGCAUUUUUUUGCUGGACAGGAAUAACGGACUCCUGCUUGGGGAAUGCAGAGAUGUUUGUAAUUUAACUAAGCAUUAUUAAGUAAUGUUUGUGUUUCUUAAAUAGGUGCUGUUAAUCUGUCCUUGGUAUAUUCUUCUUAAAUAUGCUAAAUAAAGUGAAAUUUUAUGUGUG